GUCCAGGAAGUAAAUGUCCGGUUCAGCCUGCAGGAUACUAAAAGAAGUCGGAGCGGUAAAUACGCGUCACAUUCAGCAUUUGAGCAGCUUUCGUUAAUCCUCCAUAAGGGACACAAAGCCGUGACUUUGCGACAAGUCCUCUGCGUCCACUUUUACGGAUCGCAGAGUUGGUCAGCCUGCCAGCUGUGUGUAGUGAAGCAACCAAUCACCUAUCGACAAUUAUGGUGGACACCACACUGACUCAAGUGGAAAGAAAUCUGAGUGAAGCCAUGAGGAUCCUGGGCGACGGACAGAGUGAGCCGGAGGCACUGACAGAGAGGCAGCGUUUCAGCAGAACCAGCAUCCCUGGACCACUUCAGGGAGAUGGUCAGGAUGUUGCCACUAUACUGCGCCUAGUUCACAACCUCAUUCAUGAAGAGGAGGAGGAAGAGGACCAGCCCAGUCAGAAUAGGAUGCAGAAUGUGGGUGAACAAGGUCAGAUGGCAUUGCUGGGUCACAGCCUGGCAGCCUACAUCUCAGUGAUGGACAGAGAGCAACUGCGAAAGCUAACCACCCGGAUCCAGUCUGACACCACGCUGUGGCUCUGCAGGCUCUUCAGGUAUGAGAAUGGGUCUACCUGUUUUCAUGAGGACGACAGGGAUGGCCUUGUAAAAGUGUGUCGGCUAGUCAUCAACGCCCGGUAUGAAGAAUAUGCCUCUGAGGGUUACGUGGUUCUAAACACCAAGCAGCCAAUCAUCUAUCAGAGUGCCUCCUGCAGGCCUGGUCUGGGACAGCACCUGUGCAGCCAGCUUGGCCUGCCUCUCUCCAGUUUGUGCACAGUACCAUGCAACACCAUCUUUGGAUCCCAGCACCAAAUGGAUGUUGCCCUGUUGGAAAAACUCAUCAAAGAGGACAUAGAUGCUGGGAAGCUUCCUUUGCUGCUGAUUGCCAAUGCAGGUACCCCUGGAGCAGGCCACACAGACAAGUUAGGUCGACUGAAGGAACUGUGUGAUCAGUACAACUUGUGGCUUCAUGUAGAAGGGGUUAACCUGGCAACCCUGGCACUGGGUCAGGUCACCUCUUCUAUCUUGGCAGCCACCAGAAGUGACAGUAUGACACUGACACCAGGCCAGUGGCUGGGGCUGCCUGCUGUGACUGCUGUCACCCUCUACAGGCAUGAAGACCCUGCACUGUCUCUGGCAGCAGGUUUAACCUCCAGCCACCCUGUGGAGAAGCUGCGUGCACUACCUCUCUGGCUCUCCCUGCAGUACCUAGGUCACAAUGGGAUUGUUCAGAAGAUCAGACACGCUACCACUCUGAGCCAGCAGCUCCUACAGAAACUAAAGUCUCUGGCCUGUAUCAGAACAGCGGUCGAAGAUGAACAGAAUUCUCCUGUGGUGCUGUUCAGGUUUUCCCAGGAAACAAGUGCUGCAUCCGGUGGAGGUUCAGUGGAAGUUUUCUGUGCUGGAGAGAAAGAAGUUCUUGAUGCCUUCAACAGAUGGCUGGGUGAAGAGCUGGCCCAGCUGGUUCCUGGCAGUGGAGUAGAUGUGGUGGAGCUCGAAGAUGAGGGUACCUGUGUUCGCUUCAGCCCCCUCCUGACAGCUGCAGUGCUAGGGACCCAGCAGGAGGAUGUUGAGUCCCUAGUGGACAAGCUGACAGAGCUGGUACCUGUGAUGAGCUCCACAAUGUCCCUCAGACAGGACUUCAGAGAGGAAACACACCGACAUUCACCCUCACUCAGAUACAUAGAGGAGCUCAGCUGGUCUGGCCUGGGAGUUAUCCGGUAUGAGCCACAGGCUGAUGGAGUGGAUGAGGGCAGGAAGGAGCAGGAGAAAAUUAACACUGAGCUACUCAAGAAACUGCAGGAUCUUGACACUGACAUCAUCUUUUCCACUGGCCCUGAGGUGGGGACGGAGCAGAGCUGCAUCUUUGUGGGUAUGGUGACGGACGACGUUGAUGUUUCAGACCUGGUGGAUACGAUAGCUGCCAUGGGGAGGGACAUAGAGGAGAGCGGGAAGCUGCUGCAGAACAUGACAGAGGUGGUGAGGAAAGGCAUCCUGGAGGCCGAGCUGCAGCUGCAAAAGGCCAAUGAGGAGAAACUCCUGGAGGAGGGGAUGCUGAGACAGCUUCCUCUGGUUGGCUCCAUGUUAAACUGGUUCUCUCCGGUCCAAAGCUCCAUAAAGGGGAAGACCUUCAAUCUGGCUGCAGGUUCUCUGGAUUCCACAGAAGUGACUUACUCCACCAAAGCCCAAGCAGGCAGGCCAUCCCCACAAGACACUCUCCCCUCUUCAUCAAAGAGAUCCCCGGGUCAGAGGUUAUUCCGGCGCACAGGCGUGAGCACAGACACCAUCAGUGAAACCAGCUCCACACAGGCUGAGGAGGCGACCGUGGAGGAAAAUCCUGCUGGCAGCAUCCACCCUCCAACCUCUCCACCUGUACCAGAGACACUACAUCACACCACAAGUGAUGUGAUCCCAGAGAAAAUCCAGAUGUCUUCUGAAGUAGAGGCCUCUGAGGAGUGCCGCCCUGAAGGCCAACAGGUGGAAGGGAGCACAAGAUAGGAUGACUGUUUCUGCAGGUUUCCUCCAACCAUCUAAGAGCAACCAGCCUAACAGAUGUUCAAAAAAGGUGUAUUACAACCCCAGUUCCAAAAAUGUUGGAGUCCUGUGUAAAUGAAAACAGAAUGCAGUGAUUUGCAAAUCUCAAACCCACAGUUUCAUCACAAGAGAACAAAUGAAAUGUUUAAACUGAGAAAAUGUACCAUUUUAAGAAAAAUAUUACUCUUUUAAUUUAGUGGCAGCAACAUGGCUCAAAAGUUGGGAUGUGGGCAAAAAAGGUACUAAAACAGCUGAAGGAACAUUUUGUAACUAAUUAACUGGCAACAGGUCAGCAGCAUGAUUGGGUGUAAAAAAGAGCAUCUUAGAGUGGCAGUUUUUCACAAGUAAAGAUGGGUAGCAGUUCUGCAAAAAACAGCAUCUACAAAUUGUGGAGCAGUUUUAGAAUCCUGCUCCUCAUUUUGAACAUCUCAUCUAUAGUACAUAAUAUCAAAAGAUUCUGAGAAUACACAGCGGGAAGCACGGCCCUACUCUCCCAGCGUCUGAGAUGUGUUGCUGCCAUCAAAUUCAAAAUGACUAUUUUUUUUAAAUGGUACAUUUUCUCAUUUUUAAACAUCUGUUUUAUUUGGAAAUUACACAAACAACACAGAGAGACAUCCAGCUCUGUCACACAUCUGGAGUGCUGUUGGAUCACAGAGCAGAGGAGCAGCCUUAUUACACAUGUUUGGAGCUUUGAAUUCAUUCAGGUGGUUAAAACAUUUAUCAGAACACUCAAAUGUAAAUCAAGCAGCUUAAAUUCAUUUAGUUUUGAUUCUUCGCUGUAACUGGUCGGCACAAAUAAUGUUUAUGUAACUUCCUCACUUCUCUCCAAUAAAUAAGUCUGUAUAAAAUGA